AUGGCGGAGCCCUCGCGGCCUUGGGUUCGCCCGGGGAAUCGUGCUGUGCUGGAGGGCUUGAAGUCCAGGCCUGAGCUCAACGGGCAGGAGGUGACCAUCCAGGGUGACGAGCUUCGAUGCUUCCACACCAUGCUGCGCGCCAUGUGGUUUUCACCAUGCUGCGAACACCAUGCGGCGGGUCAGGCACGGGAGAGCACGGGCCGCUGGAGAUGCAAGGUGCAACCCUUCGGCGAAGAGAUGAAAUUCAAAGCGGAGAACCUCGCAGAGGCACCGGAGAAGGAGGAGCCCAUUGACGCCAACUGGCUUCGCCGUGGCGUGCAGGCAGCGGUCAAAGAUCUCCCGGAGCACGAGGGUCAGGUGGUUCGGGUGGUCACUGUGGACGGCGACACUGGGAGCUGCAAGUGCGUGCUCCGGUCCUCGGGCGAAGCCAUCGAGGUGCCCCGCACCAAGCUGAGACCGUUGGCGGGUGCGGCGACGGGUGCGGCGACGGCGAGUCCGGCGCCUGAGGUGGAGCAAGCCAAGCCACAGGCGAAAUCCGGAGGAAGCGAUUGGGCCGCUGCCGAGCGGGAACGGCGGCGACUCGCUGAAGGCUUUCGUUCGGGCUUCGAGGAGGGAGCUGUGGUGAUGAUGGAAGGUUUGCAGUCCAUGCCCGAACUCAAUGGCCAGACGGGUCUCGUGGCAGAAAAAGCUGUUCAAAUUGAGGGCUUUCUGCCUCAGGAGCCUCAAGAUGUAGGUCGCCGCUCCCGAGCUAACCCCAGCACCGAGCCAACCGAGCUGCAGGGAAGUGCGGCGAAAAAGAGGAACCCCGUGGACGGUCGAGCGGACUGUCGAGCUGAGUGGGUGUGGAGAUUGCCGGGUUUGGACGUGCCGGACAUCUCUCAUGUGGUGAACUACUCGGUGGGUUUGUCGAUCGACGGCUACGUGCACCGAAUCGGCCGCUGUGGCCGCGCGGGGCGUCACGGCACGGCGGUGACCUUUGUCACCGAUGGCGAUGAGAAGUAUGCCGAGCCACUGCUGAAAGUGUUGCAGGAGGCCCGACAGAGCAUCCCGCCAGGCUUGGCUGAAAUGGCCAAGGACGCCCGAGGCUCCCGGAAGCCGAAGCACAAGGCGCCAUGA